UCCGGCCUUUUACAUUUGCCUCCAAAAAUCGCAACCUCACCUUCUCUCCCAAACGCUCCGUUUUCUAUCACCGCCAUCUUUAGAAUCUGAGCGUUUAAUCCAGUCUGAAAAUGGUGGCAAAGGAACUCAUCAGCGUCACCGUCACGCUUCUCCUCUGCUCUCUGACUGUCAUUCAUGCUAGAAUCCCCGGCGUUUACACCGCCGGCAACUGGCAGAGUGCCCACGCCACCUUUUACGGCGGUGCUGACGCAGCUGGCACCAUGGGCGGAGCGUGCGGCUACGGAAAUCUGUACAGCCAAGGGUACGGAGUGAACACGGCGGCGUUAAGCACUGCGCUGUUCAACAAUGGGCUGAGUUGUGGAUCCUGCUUUGAGAUCAAGUGCGCCGGCGACAGAUCGUGCAUCCCCGGCAACCCCUCCAUCCACGUCACCGCCACAAACUUCUGUCCUCCGAAUUACGCCCUUCCCAACGACAACGGUGGGUGGUGCAACCCUCCCCGUCCCCAUUUCGACCUCGCCAUGCCGAUGUUCCUCCAAAUCGCCGCCUACCGCGCUGGCAUCGUCCCUGUUAAUUUCCGCCGUGUUUCAUGCAGAAAGCAAGGCGGGAUCAGGUUCACGGUUAACGGUUUCCGUUACUUCAAUUUGGUAUUGGUGACCAACGUAGCGGGUGCGGGUGAUAUCCAGAAAGUCUGGGUCAAGGGAUCCAAAACCGGAUGGAUCUCACUGUCCAGGAACUGGGGGCAAAAUUGGGAAACCAGCGCCUUUCUUGUGGGCCAGCCACUCUCCUUCAGGGUCCGAGCCGGCGACCGUCGCCAAGUGACCUCAUGGAACGUGGCACCCGCUUACUGGCAGUUCGGUCAAACUUUCCAGGGCAAGAACUUCCGAGUUUAGACUUCUCACCCCUCUACUUACCGGAAAUAUUAAACUGACCCCUGGAAAAUUCUGCUGUUCACAGUAUUUUUGCUUUUUAACCUUGCUUACCAUUCGCCACAAUUUUAAGGCCUUCGGCAUUUUCUCCUUUUUACCCCGGGAAAUCGGAAGUGUUGGGAAACUAUAACAGGAAAGUUGUGGUACCCUUUUUUCUUCUCAAAUAUGGUGUUCCUUAAUACUUUAGCUUAUGGGAUUAGGAUAAUAGGAUUGGUUUCUUGUCCAAGUAAGUGUGUUUGUAAGCCGUUGCCGGAGAGCUGUCAAGAAAUCCGGCGGCGACGCGGUGAAAUAGCGGCUGAAGCGGUUGCAGUAAAAGCAAAUAGUAAUGCAAUGUAGCCCGCAGCUGUUUUUAAUUAUUGUUUGCAGUAAAUCCUAUAUGUAAUGAAGUUAUUACAUAUACUCCUUAUAAUAUAAUCUGUAGUAUUGUUUUUUUAAGCUGAAUGUGCACAACUCAACUAAUACCAUCUAUUUUAUCAAUGUUAUUUUUAUUUUGUGACAUGAAAUGAUGUUCAUUUAAUAUAAGGUUUGGAUUUUCCUCA